AUGCUAUACCUACAUCCUAUGGUCCAGAAGGCUUCAGGUGAAGUUCACUUUUUCGAUCGCGACGAGAACUACGCACUUGGAUUGGAAUGGUAUAGAAGCAAGAUGCCACUGUCCUUCAAGGGGCAGAUCACCAUUGAAAAGAGCCCUAGUUACUUCGUCACUCCCGAGGUGCCAGAACGAGUGAGGGCUAUGAACUCCUCCGUGCGUCUCCUCCUGAUAGUUCGUGAACCAGUCACUCGCGCCAUCUCCGAUUACACGCAGCUAAGAAGCCGCGCAACACCAUCUGCGCCCGCGCAGCCAGCGUUACCGGGUCACACAUUACCAGACGCCACCAAGCCAUUCGAGCAUCUGGCUAUCUCUCCCGACGGAUCCAUCAACGUAGCUUAUAGACCAAUAGCGAUCUCAUUAUAUCACGCAUACCUUCAUCGGUGGCUAGAGGUGUUCCCUAGAGAGCAAAUCUUGGUAGUGAAUGGUGAUUUGCUAAUUGAAGACCCGGUUCCACAACUCAGGCGCAUCGAGAAGUUUCUUGGCCUCGAGCAUAAAAUUGGGAGAAAAAACUUCUACUUCAAUGAAACAAAAGGAUUCUACUGUCUACGAAAUGAUACCACAGACAAAUGCCUCCGAGAGACGAAAGGUAGAAAACAUCCUCGCGUGGAUCCAGCAGUAGUCACUAAAUUAAGAAAGUUCUUCAUUCAACACAAUCAGAGAUUUUACGACCUCGUUGGUGAAGAUUUAGGAUGGCCCGAAGAUUAGGGAAUGCAAAAGAUAUAUGCAGUGCUGUUUUGUUAUAAAAACACCCUCGAAUUGGACGUCGAUCGCCGUAUUGUCAUAGCAUAAAAGUUCAAUCAAAUGAAAUCUACUUCAAAGGUAAUAAAGGUUUUAUUUAAUCGAAACUUUAUGCCGUCACACCGCUGCUAUCGCCAUCGAGUUCGUGACUGACUUAACAGAAUUUUUAAAAGCUAUGAAUAACGGCACAGUCUAAUACAUCACGGUGACAUAGUGCAAAAUUGA